AUGGGAAUUAAACCAAUUCCAUCGAAAACACGCAAUUUUGUGACCAUGGACUUGUCCCUGGAGGUGACUGAUAACCUGCCACCUAAUUCCUAUCUUGCCUCUACCUUUGAAUAUCUACCAUCUGAUGAUGAACCCAAGUUAUGCGUGGAUAUCGAAUCCUAUAACAGAG